AUGCGUUGUGUUUAAUAGGUCAAAUAAAAGAUAACGACGAUUCACGGAUUCGAUACACGUUGAAAGGUGUAUGUUUCUACAAUAUGCUGAAAAUGUUUAACUCAUCAGUGAGUAUUAUUGUCGUGCUGGCAGUUAUGAACGUGGUUUCCUGUGACUGCCCAAACGGCUUCCUGCACCAUGAUGACUCCUGCUACAGCCUCAUCCGUGUCCAAGCCUCGUGGGCCGAGGCGGCCGUGUACUGUCAGGCUAUAGGCUCCCACCUGGCCUACGUGGAGACGGAUUCCGAACAAACCUUUGUGGAAGGUUAUCUCAAAAGAGAAGACUCUACUAUAACGACUGAUGGUGUCUGGAUCGGUGGGUUGACGUACCUGACGGAGAAAGAGUGGCAGUGGGGAUUUCAAAAUACCCGAAUCGCCAGUACCUUCUGGGCCCCUGAAGACCCUAAUAACGACGGCGGCAGCCAGUGGUGUCUGAUGUUGUACAAGAAGGGCGACUUCCGGUGGGACGACAAUGAAUGUGAUGAAAACGAGUUUUUCCUGUGUGAGUUGGAGUUCGGAUCUUCACCUGACAUAGUGGGCAAAUAACAUUGAAGUCGGAACAAAGGACUCUGCAUGACACAGUACGGAAAUUGACGUCGGUGACACUUAUUUUGUUCCCAGAAUCAGUUGUCAAAUUUUAUUUGUGAUUACUGUGCAAGUUAUCUGUUCUAUAUGUGUGACAUAAAAAGUAACACAGCUCAAGUCAAUGCUUAAAAUGAACAGUAUAUAUGAUCUUGUCACUUGUCAAAUAGUUCCAUGUAUUGGCAUUGAUAAGUGAUUCAAAAUGAAUAAAAUCGACGUAAUCAUAACAAAA